AUGAGGAAAAAUUAUUGCGUAGUUUGUAAAAAUCCAGAAGUUUUGACAAAUAAAAAAACUGGGGAAGAAUUAAAAUAUUGUUCAAAAAAAUGUAGAAAAGUUUCCGUCAAAAACGGGUUAUUAGAAGCAUGUACUAAUUGUGGAAUUUACCCUAAAUUAUUAGAAUAUGACGAAUUACUCGAAUAUUGUGACGAUGAUUAUAGCGGUUACGGUGAAGAUGAUGAUUUACCUCCAACUUAUUACCCACCCUAUGGUUUAAAUAAAUCAUCUGAUUAUACUUAUUAUCAUAAUGACUUUGAAAAUGAAAAGCAAAAUCAGACAAAUCAUUCAUUAUCGUCUUCAUACGCAAGUCAUUACAAAGCUACUUCUACUUCAUCUUACGCGAACGAAUCUUACUCUGCUGUUCCGGCUGUUGCGCCUACUCCACAAAUCAUUUACGUUCAUGCUCCACCACCUCCUCCACAAAUAAUUCACAUUCAUCACAAUCAUAUUCCGCCUCAACCUAAUGUCUAUCCGAAUCACGUUAUUCCACCUCAUAAUAAUCAGAAUGGAAAAAAUUCCACCAUGAAUACAGUGGCUAAAAUUGGCGGUCAAAUUGCAUUGAGUGUUAUUACGGGUGGUAUUACUGAUAUUAUUACUGGACAAUUCUUAUAA